UUUUAGAGACAAUUGUAAACAUUAGAUUCACUGUAAGUAAUUAGUAUGCAGGAUGGUAACAUGAGAUGAUGAGAGUUCUUCGUCGAAAAAUCGUGGCUCUCGUUGUAGCUGCAUAUGUCGCUUUUUCAUUGUAUGCGGCAUAUAAUGUAUUCUUCAGUAAGAGGAUUAUGUCUCGCGUCCACAGAGUGGUGAAAAAGGUUUCUGCUGGCGAUGCUAAACUUGACCCUAAGCAUGCACAGGCUCCAUCCACAGUGGAAAAGGAGUGGAAUCCUUGGGAGGAGGAGUUGGCAAAAGAAAUCAACAUCCAGCAGAAACGCGGAGAUGCCUUCAAGGGGCAGUUAGGAUUGAUCGCCAAAAGCAGAACCAAGAGAUACAAAGUACAGAUCUGGGGCAAAGCAGCCAUAGGGCUGUAUUUAUGGGAGCAUAUCUUAGAAGGUCCUCUGAACCCUACUGAUAAAACAGGCCAGUGGAGAGAAGGAGAGAUCCUGUCGGGAAAAAUCAAUUUCAGCUUUUAUACUGGACCUGCUGUGGUUCAGGGGCACAUUCCUGUGGACACAGACAGUGUGGUACUGGUUUUAAAUGGCCGUGAGCAGCAGAAGAUCUCCUACUCUACUCAGUGGUUGCAGCAUGCACACGCCCUGGUACAAGCCCACACCGUGACCCAUGUGGCUGUGGUCCUGCUGGGAAGCGAGCAGUGCACCAAUGACUGGAUCAGUCCUUACCUCAGACGUCAUGGCGGUUUUGUCGAUGUGCUCUUCCUGGUGUAUGACAGCCCGUGGGUCAAUGACAAGGAUGUGUUUCAAUGGCCCUUAGGAGUGGCAACGUACAGACACUUCCCUGUCGUUAUGCCAACCGCACAGCUGGUGAGCACCAAUAGACCGUACCUCUGCAAUUUUCUGGGCACAGUCUACAAGAACUCUUCUCGAGAGAUCCUUAUGAACAUCCUGAAACAGGAUAACCUGGAGAAGGAGUGCAUCACCAAUGCUCGAGAGAAGUGGUUACCCCAGGAGACCGCAGAGUCCCUCCGUCAGUACCAGUCAGCGUUGGCGCAGAGUGAGCUCACCCUGUGCCCGGUGGGUGUGAAUGCCGAGUGCUACCGCAUCUACGAGGCCUGUGCGUACGGCUCACUGCCCGUGGUGGAGGACAUUCAGACCAAAGGCAGAUGCACGGAGGGACGCAGCUCCCCCCUCCGGCUCCUCAAGGAAGCCGGUGCCCCCUUCAUCUUCGUGAAGGACUGGAAGGAGCUGCCGGCCAUCCUGCAGAGCGAGAGGGGCAUGAGCCAGGCACAGAGAGAGGAGAGGAGGAGGAGGCUGCUGGAGUGGUACAGUGGCUUCAGGCAACAGAUGAAGGAGCGCUUCACUGAGGUGCUGGAAGACGCCUUCUUUAAAGUCAGCUGAGCAGCUAGGGGGCACUGUGGGGGAGGACUGGUCCACUUGGGAGAGAGGGAGUCAGGUGGGGAAUCUGUAAUUUUGUACUUUUAUUUCCAUCGCAUGCCAGGUACUUAAAUAUAAAGCACACAUAGUUCACAACUCUUAAUAGUGUAGUAAAUGCAUUCUUAAUAGCUCUUAAAUGAUAGCAACUGCUGUAAACCAUACUGUUUUUGUAAAACUCAAAUAGCUGACUUAGUGUUUCUGACAAAUAUCACCCAAAUAUAUGCUCUGAGAAGUAGUCUCUAGGAUUAUACUGAAAACUGUAAUCAGUAACAAAAAUUGUAUCACAGUCCAAUUGUAAAACACAGAGGAAACUUGCACAGAUACUGUAUGGGCAUCUGUGUUAUUUUGUGUGUACUAACUGGUACAUUUAUGAGACCUCACAAUGCCAAAGCAAACAACAUUGCAGAACAAUCUGACUUUAGAUAGUCUUGAUUAAAAAACAACAACAACAGAAACAUAUAACUAGCAUUUUAUUAAAGAUAAUGAUCCUAGGAUUAGUCCAUAUGGCUUGCAUGAUUUGUUUAUUUAACCUUUUUUUGCGUAUUUCAUCAACUUCCGCUACAUUUUGCAUUGUACAUCAAUUUCCAUCAGCACUACACACAAAUACUGAGAGCACAAACGACGCAUAAUAAGCACCUUUCCACUAUAGUAUACUCAGUGUUGGCAAAUUGUCAAAAAGUUAUGUUAUUUUGUACUUAGUAUGUAACAGGCACAGGGGUAAAUUCUGACAAUGUGAUAACUACUGUAAAUGUUUUUUUUUGUGUUUAGUUUUUUAAAAUCAACUGUGGUUUUGUUCUCAGUUUAAAGCCGCUGUAUCAGUGUUUAUAUUUCCUGCAAGAGUAGUUGUUUUCUCACUGUUGUGUUUGUUUAUAUGUAUAUGUGUGUGUGUGUGUGUGUGUGUGUGUGUGUGUGUGUGUGUGUGUGUGUGUGUGUGUUUAUUUUAGGGAGUGAUUAACACUACAUGAAAUUAAUUUUCAUCUUUUAUUGAGGUAUAUUGCUAUCUCAGUCAAAGGCUUUAUCACACUGAUGAGGUAAUGAGUAAAGAAAGGCCUGAUGCAUACAUUUUAAAAUGUGUGAGUCAUCAAUUCAAAUUUCGUGUUCUUUUCAUUUGCCUUCAUGUGCCAAGUUUUGCAGCAACUCCUGUGUUUGGAAGUUGUCAUUGCUGAUAUGAUUAGUAGAGUGCAUUGAAAGGAAUGCAGCACAUUAAAUUAUUAUUUUUUAAUACAAAA